CAUGCAGCCUUCACGAUACACUCAAUGAACCUCCGUUCUACAUCUACAUCUACUAUCAACAAUAGAUCAACUCUCACAAUAUGGACUCGCAAGCUUCUACCCAGUCCGCACCAUUACAAGGCGAAGCAUCAUCAAUACCAAAUCUUAAAGACCGACUUCCGAAGCUCGAACCUCGAAAGCGACGCUCAGCUACCUCCAAUCCUACUCCCAUUCCCGAAACACCCGCCUUACCAACGCCACCCGAUACGUCCGACUGGACUUUCAAGACACCGUCACGAAGAAUCUUGUCAAAAAAGGAUCAUGAUAUCUUCUUGUCUUCACCAACAUAUGAGAUCAUUACGGCCUGGGUAUUUGGGCUAGCAGAGUCUGUGGUCGACACUCCCAACUCUGCAGUUCGAGACGCCGACCUGAGCAGCCCUCUCAAGGUCAUACUACAUAUCCUCGAUGAGACGGAACAGCUGGUAGCUAAAUCACCUCCGAACGAACAAGGUGGAUCAAGAUUUGGUAACAAGGCGUUCCGCGGCCUUCUCGAGCUUGCGCAAAGCAACAGUGCAGCUUGGCAUCGAGAGAUCGGCGUACAAGACGAGGGAGCUAUCGCCGAGCUCUCUACAUACUUCUGCCAGUCUUUCGGUAACGGAAACCGAAUUGACUAUGGAUCUGGUCACGAGUUGAACUUCAUGAUUUGGCUCCUUUGCCUUUACCAGCUGGGCUUGUUAAAGCAAUCCGACUUCAAACCCCUCGUCCUCCGUGUAUUCGUGCGCUACCUUGAGGUGAUGCGUGUCAUCCAGAUGACUUAUUACCUUGAGCCUGCGGGAUCACAUGGAGUUUGGGGACUUGAUGAUUACCAGUUUCUCCCUUUUCUUUUCGGUGCCACACAGCUUUUGCACCACCCAUACAUUACCCCAAGAGCUAUCCAUCAAGACCUUACCCUUGAGGAGUUUGGUCACGACUACAUGUAUCUUGGCCAGGUCAGCUUUGUAAACAGCACAAAGACCGUCAAGGGUCUGAGAUGGCACAGUCCCAUGCUAGACGAUAUCUCAUCAGCGAGAUCGUGGACAAAGAUCGAUGGUGGCAUGCGUCGCAUGUUCGUCGCUGAAGUCUUGGGCAAGCUACCUGUCAUGCAGCAUUUCCUCUUUGGAUCUCUCGUGCCAGCAGCAGAUGGCAUGAGCGAAGACACAGGUACUGGGGAAGACGAGAAUGCCGAACAUGAUCCACACGAGGGCCAUGACCACACUGGAAAGGCUCACGAUGGCACAGGUUGGGGUGAUUGCUGUGGUAUCAAGGUUCCGAGCAGUAUCGCUGCUGCCCAAGAGAUGAAAAAGAGGGGUGGUGAUCAGGGAUUGCGAAGAAUCCCAUUCGACUAAUGUCGCCACCGCCAAAUCAACGAUCAAUACAGAUUCACUAGGUUGUAGA